CUUUCUGUCCUGUUUGUGAAGGUUCAUUAGCUCUUUAGCUCUGCUGCGGAUAAGAAGCUUUAUGCAAAGUUUCCAGGAAGCAUGUGACUUCCAGUCUAGUGCAGUAGAGGUUUUCUAACUACCACAUCACACAUCGCUAAUUAGGCAGGGCGAAGAGAGAGAGAGAGGGGGAGUGAAGCAGAGCAAGAAAAGAAAGAGUGUGAGUGUUGCAGUCUUUACUCAUUCUUCAGUGGACCGCGAUCAGUUCACAUCUCUCUUCUGAACACAUGCAGUCUCACAUAGACUGAGACAGACAGAUAGAUAGUUAAACAGGCUGAUAGAAAGACACCGUCAGAAGACAGACGCUGAAGGAGGUCAAAGGUUUCACAGAGACUGAAGUGGCAUGGCUCAGGGCUCUGACAACAACGACUCCAGCUACACCAAAUCUCCCUCACCGGGCAAUAAACAGGGUUCGUCGGAUGACGUAAGGAAGGUGAUGAGGAGAGAAAAGAACCGUAUCGCGGCGCAGAAGAGCCGAAUGAGACAAACACAGAAAGCCGACAAUCUGCACCUGGAGAGUGAGAAUUUGGAGAAGGAAAAUGCGGCACUCAGGAAAGAGGUGAAAAGACUCACAGAAGAGGCCAAGUAUCUGUCCACGGUCCUGAGCAACCAUGAGCCGCUGUGCACGGGCCUGAGCGGUGCGUCUCCGGAGCUGCUGUACGGCGCUCACCACGGUGCGUUUCACCAGCAUAUCAGCGUGCCGCACUACCCGCUCUGACCUGCAGAGAACGCCGCAGUUCCUCAUGGAAUCACCUGUGAGCGACAGUCAGUGAACUUUGGUUUGAGUCAUGAACCACGUAACAGAGACAUCAGAGGGCACUGAAGUGAUCUUACAAUCUACUGAAUAUCAGAGAACAAAAAAAACAAAAGCCCCCAGAUGUAAUGUAAUAAUUUUUGUGGCACUGAUAUCUUAAUAUCAUUUUUAGUUUUUUUCUUGUCUAAAGUAAAGUAAUCCCAGCUCUUGAACAAAAACUCAUGUCUGUAAAAUGCAAGCAUAUGUAGAGUUAAACGUCGGCUACUUGCAAAGGUGCAUGGCAAUGACACAAUGAAUGUUUUUAAUUUAGAUUUUAUUAGAAACCACUCUACUGAUUCAUAUGAUCAUUUAUUUUAUUCUAUUUCUGUGAAAUGUUUAUAAGAUGACUGGAUUCUAAGAAAAAUGAUGUUGAUUGUUUUUCCUGUUCACAGAUAUUAUGUGUGAAUGUUUUUCUAUUAUGACUCAUUUACGAUGUUGAAUUUGUCAAACAUUCUGAAUGUACUUUAUACAGAAUUCUAGUGAGUAUUUUUAUUCUAAACCCUUUGGGAUAUUCUAAAGUUGUACAAACUACUGCGUUAGCCUAGGCUAUAUCUCAAAUGUGGAGGAAGUAAAAUUUAUAUCUGUGAUCUUCUGUGAUCACCUGUGGAAAAAAAUAAACAAAAAUGUGUAAAAUAUACAGAAACUUUCAAUGAAUUGGAACGUAAUGUCAUCUCUGUUUCAUUAUCAUGAAGAAAUCUUGUAAAUGGUUCAUGUUCUAGACUAAUAUAAUGCAUGAAAUAUUUUAUUUUCAGAAAGCACAAGUAUGUUUGGUCAUCCUAAUAAAUACAUCUUUUUAGAAUA